UGUAGCUCCGACGCCGUCCUACAGGAUCACAAUGUAACUGUCAGCAUGUGUGCUUCUGUAGCAGAGCAUGUGGGAUUCAUGGAGAAACACGAGGAGAUUUUAGGAAGGAGAGCAGAGCUGCUGGAGCAGAUGAAGGUUCCCAGAGACUACCUGAACAUCCAGAGGAUGAAGCAAGUAAAGCAGUGUGAGGCCGCUGGCUGCAGGAACACCUCACUACUGCAGGAUUUACAGAAGAUAGAGGAUCGUCUGAAAGCAAGACAGCUGCCACACCAAAAUCUGCUGACUCUGGAGGCAAUGUAUUGGGCAUCAGUGGAAGAGUUUCUCCCAGCCUGGGAGAAUUUCCUUUUGGGUAAAGGCCCACACCCUACUGGCAUUUCUGAACCUCCACCCAGGAGAGCCAAACAGAAACCAGGCACGGCUAAAAACCAGGGCCUGCCUCCUCGCCCAAAACUCAGGACUGCUAGAUAGGUGCCACUGUAGCCUGAAAGGUAGCACUGAUGGUCACAUAAUUUAGGUUCGUAUCAUACCUCCUUCAAACCCACACAAUAAUGUGGGAGCCUCUCUGAAUCAGUCAGUGUGCCCUCUUGACCAGAAUUAGACACAGGUUGUAAGCUGCCCAGCAAGAUAAUUUAACCGACUGACUGAAAAGAGAGAGAAAGUAAUGGAAGGAGGGGAACUUUUCAGUUCUGAAAGAACUUCAGACUUCUUCUCAGGCUUAUUAAUAUGGGUGAUUCUCAUGAAAUCCAGAUUUAGAAAGUGUCCAGUGCCAGGAUUUUUAAAAUGCCCUUGAAGAAAAUUUUGCUUUUGCACAUGCACAAUUAUGGUCUGAACUAACUAUAAAACAUAUUUUUAGAAGAUUUUUAAAAUAUUUUUUGUAUGUUUAUUUACAUUUUUUAGAUGAAGUCCGUAAAAAAAUCUCAUUACCGCAACAUAACAUUACAUUAAAUAUAUGGCUAAUAAUGUGAAUUUUUGGCAAUGUUCAAGUACAGUGAACCCUCGUUUAUUGCGGGGGUUACGUUCCAAAAAGAACCCGCGAUAGGCGAAAUCCGUGAAGUAGUCAGCUUUAUUUUUUACAGAUAUUAUACAAUACUGCACUUGGGGGAGCGCUGCAGCUGCAGCCAGGUGGACGCCGCAGCGGUACUCUUGCCUCAGAGAGCGGGCCGGCUGAAUCAAAUGAAGGGGUCGGGGGUGGGGAAGUUCUCGCGCUCGCGCUCUUCUCCUGGGGAACGCGGCUGCGGUGGCCAGAGACGGCUGGGGACCACGUCCACUGUCCGGUUGACGGCUGGGGGAAAAUAUUAGGCUGCUCCGUCGGCUCCAUCUUUCAGGGUGUCUCACGACAUGGAGACCAAGGAGAGAAAUGAUCCAGCGCUCCACAGCAGGCAGCGCUGGCCUGUACGGCAGAGGAGACGAGGCGCGGAGACUGUUCACAUUGGUCAGUCCCUUAGCCAAUCAGGAUGCAGAACACAUUGCACUGUUCAAAAAAAGCAUAAAAAAACUGCACUAAAAAAAUCCGUGAAACAGCGAAGCCAUGAAAGGUGAACCGCGUUAUAGGGAGGGUUCACUGUAUAGCCUUAUUACUCAUGAUCAAAGCUAUGCAUAACUCUGUAGAGAUUAAUUUUUCAUUUUUUUUAUUUUGUGUAAUUUCCUUAAAUAUCUCAUUACCGAAACAUUUGUAACGAUUUACACUCUUAUUUAUUGAAUUGCUUUGUUAAAAGAUAACACACACAUUUUACAUGUAGCAGGCAUGAAAUAAGAAGGUUUUUAUAAUGUGUUUAUACAUUUUAAAACAAACCAUGACAAUAAAAUUAUUACUGAAUUCAUAAAAAAAAGUCCAUGUUGCGGUAAUGAGAAUGCUAUGUCGGUAAUGAGGAACAAUAUUUCGGAAAUGAGACAAUGGUUCUAAUACUUAACCAUAUUUGACAAAUCAAACAUACCAUUUUUAAUAGAAUAUUUAUUUCAUAAAUAGUAUUUAAUUUUCUCAUAAACAUCACAGUACAAUAUACAAUCUUAAUUAAUAAACAAUUAUAUCUUGUAGUCAACACUGUAGCACUAGUCCUGACAUUCUAUCAAGUACAUCUAUUUCUGAGAAUGAUUUCAUGUGAAGAAUUUUAAUUUGAAGCAGCAACUAAAAUAUUUAUGAACAAGUUGGUCAAACAACUUAAACAUUAACUGGAACAACUGCUUUUACCAAUCACUUUUCCUUCCCACCUGUAACUCAUUCAUUAGCGUUUUUUGUGUUUUGCCCAUAUGUCUGGCAGGACACAGAAAUGUCUAGCAGAGGAGGUGGCAGGAAGGGGUUCUGGGAUUAUGUCCCGUAUGUCCUGACGAUAGUACCAGACUUUCUCUCCUGGAUAUCUGAUGCUCGGGACAUAGAAGCAGUUUUCCCCAAUACGAGUCAUGGUGUCGACUUCGUACUGCUCUUCAGCAAUCUGUUUAAAGAAAUAUUUUUAUGGUCUCUACAAAUUUUGUCUGAAAAGCAUAUAAUGUAAGUGGAUAGACAUAUUAACAGAAAUCUUGAAAUGUAAUUCACCUGUGUGACUGUGCCAGGGAACAAGUCACCAUCAUACUCGACCAGGACCCAUUGUCCAACCUCAAUGGUGGCCUUGGUGCUGUCGGGUUCCUCUUCUCCUCCCUCAGAGAGCACGUGGCACACUGAAGGAAAGCACGUGCAGUUUUCCCCACAAAAGCAAGACACUUCCCGUAUGUUGAUGACUCCUGGUUUUGUUGAUGUCAGCUGUUAGGAUGGAAUUCAAAAAACAAAAAUGAACACUGAAAUAUCGUACACUGACUCAGAUACAGACAAUCCUUUGUGAGUUAAUUUGGGAAAAUGUAUCCCAUGUGUCCUGCUCUUCACAGUAAUAUUGGCAAUUUAAAUUAUUAAAUUAUUAUUAUUUAUUCAACUUAUAGAAAUACAUUUAAAAGUUUACUCACCUGAUGUAUUUUGAGCGUUCCAGGAACAGUUUUUAGAUUGGGGGGAAUCAGUUCACUGCUGACCUUUAUGUUCUCCUCUGACACUUUGAACAGAGUCACUGAUGUAUUGGUUUUCAGUUGAUCAUACAGAGAAUCUGCGUUUGGAAUACUGGUCCCACAAGACACAAUUCUGUCUGCCAGAUUUUUCAAAGCCCCACCUACCCCAUCUGGUGCACCUUUGCCAUGUGAAGCCUCUGUGAAGUUCCAGGUCACCCAUUUAAAUCCAUGCAUGAAGGGCACAGUGGAGGCUAAGUAAAAAGAUGACUUGUUCCUAUACUGGGAAGUUGGGCCAUCUGAAAUGAAGUGCAGGUUGCGGGCUUCUGGAUAUUUUCCCCUAAUGUACCUCAACACAGGGUCAAGAUGAGCCCAAGUUGCUGUCGCAUCAUGUUGUAGGCAGGCUGAAAGGGAUGCGAAGGCCUCCACUUUGCCCCUACUUCGGUAAAGUACCCCAGUGUGGAGGGUAACCUGGUCAUUUCCACAUCCAAAAUGGGUUUCCUUUACCUCUUUAGCAUAUUUGCAGCUGUAAUUCUCGCUGUAGUCAAUAUGUACAGCCACAGCAUCAUCUGUGAGGGAAUCUUUCAGUGAUUUUAAUGUUACAUAUUGGUGUUUCAUGUUGAACAUAUGAAUGGCAAAAGAUGGAAGGCUUUCUGUAGUCAGGGCCAACAACCGCUCAAUGGAUGAGGUUUUGUUUUCAAGAAAUGUUUUCUUGGUCUCCCUUUCCUCUGUUGAUCCAUUCUUGAGGGUCUUUGUUACUGGGACAGACCUUGUGACCCACUCUUGCCAGCUAACAAUGUUCCCCUGAGUGAGAGGAUCCAAAGAUGUGGGAAAGGUCUUUUCUUGUCAUUGUUGACAUCUGCCAUACAUGCAGGACAUGUCACUUGUGUCACACACUCUAGACUGCACAAGACUCUCUGGGCUAAAUGUCUCAAUGAUUCCCAGUUGUUGCAGUCUUUUAACCUUUAGGUUGAUGUUCUCGUGCAUUUUACAAGCACACGUCUCUCUGUCUGAAACCUUGGGCCUAACAAUCCAAAAUGGCCUCAAUCUGAAAAACUGAGCUUUGGAGACAGGUUGCUCAGGAUGUUCAGUCAGGAAUCGUUGAUGGAGUUUUGCCAAUGUGUCUGUGAGUGCUCUUUUUCUGUAAAUUUGGCCCUUGCGACAAAUCUCUCCAGCCUUGCCAUUUAUGACAGUUGAGACAUCAUCCCUGAUGUAGGAAGGUGCUCACAAUCUUGCAAAGUUGUUUCCUCUUGCUAUUGAUUGGCAGUCCCUUUUUAGCCUCUCUGAUCCUGACCCUUUGUGAAAUGUUUCCUGGUGGCAUCAUUCUUGUUGUUAUAUUGGCCAACACCCGUCUCAUUUUUCUUUUGAGUUUCAGCAGUUCUGCUGUCUUCACUUCAAAUUUUCUUUCAGCACAUCUUAAUUUUGAUCUUAAUUUUCCUACAAGCUUUGAUGACCACUCUCUAUUUUUUUCUCGCAGUGUUCUCUGGGGGGGUGGAAGCCUUCAAUGGCCUGGUUAUUUCUAAACUUUUUUCUAAGCUUUCUUCUGGUGUUCUGGUUGCUGUUUUGGUCAGAUUUUCAUCCAGUUCCCGUCUUUGUAUUUCUUCAUUCUCAAAAUUCUCUGUCUCACUUACACAAGAUUCUGGUGUUAAAUUCAGAAGUAACUGCUCUUGCUUUUUCAUUUUGUAAUACUUUGCUGAAUUCUCCCUCCAUUGUUUUUUUUCUUUUCAUGCUGUCUAUUUGACAGAUCCUGUGUUGUUUUGAGUUUACCAGCUUCCAGUGUCUCAUGUGGGUGCCUUCACGUUUGCAUGUCAACAUCAGUAUGUAUGUGCACAAGUUUGUGUACAUGCAUGUCUGUGUGUAUUGUGUACAGUGUUUGAAUGUGUGUCUGUGGGAGAGUGAGGGUACAAGUGUUGGUCAACUUAACCCAAGUUAUAUUUUCCCCUAUAAUCACCCUAACCUCUCUCUCUCUUUUCUUUUGUACUCUUCGUGUGAAAUUGGAUCGCUGUAAAUGGCUGCCCUAUGCUUUGCCAGCCUCUCUUUAGCUGAUGCCCUCUUCUUUUCAACUGAAGCUUGCCUACAACAAAAUACCGUACUUAUGUAACAUUUCAUUAAAAAGACAGAAAUACAGAAAAGAUAGACAUAGAUUGUACUACUGCAAAACUAUUUAAUCAGACAAAUUAUAGUAAGUUGCCUGUCCUGCAUCCACACAUUUUUUUGUGGAAGCAUUAAAUGAAACUGUAUAAUUAGUGACCCCUGCUGGCUGGGUUGUAAUAGCUGACUUAUUACACAAUCUGUUCAAAAAGUGUUAAAUGUGAUAAAUAUCAUGUUAUAUAUGGAAAUGAACAAGAGAUAUUAUACAUUUCCCUCCUUUAUUAGUCUGUUUCUCAUCACCGAAACAUUGAGUCUCUCCACCGCAACAGGCCCUCAAUUGUUGCGGUGAAUGAUAAUGGUGUUGCGGUGGAUGAGUGACUAACGUUUUAUGCUAACUGUGGAAGCACCAUGUGGGCUAGCUAAACUUUUCUUAGGUGUUUGUUUUUAGACCACAAUAGGGUAUAUACUGAUAAAAAAAUAAAAACGGCAAUUCUUUUCAAAACCUCAAAACUUAAUGUUUCGGUAAUGAGAACUAAAAAGUCGUGGAGGCACUAUUACAAUCAAACUUUUAACUUUUAUCUGGAGAGAUAGCAAAUGAACUCCUUACCUGGUAGCCAUCUUGAGUGUUACAGUCAGUACUGUCCCAUCCAACAAAAUUCCUUGCAAAUGUAAGUUCCUUGAGGACUUAAACAAUGAUUGAAAUUUGUUGCGGAGAAUGAGAAAAUUCGUCUUGGACACAUUUCUGUUCCUUAUUAUUUUCACUACAUUUGCCAUUAAUCACCAAAUUCUACAUGCUUCUUCACUGUAACUGUUUAUAGUAUAACAUGCAUUAAAGUUUAAUCUUUUUUAUCUUUCUUAAUUAAUAGUAUUUCGAUCUCAUAGAACCAAAUCUUGUUAUGGACACGCUGCGCUAAUGAGAAAUUUCGCCUUAAAAGAGAAAAAAACAAUAAAAUGUGUAUUAAUGAUGGUCAUUUAAUCUCAUGAGCAAAAUAGUAUAUAAAGAUGCGUUUAUAAUGUUAUCCUUAUUAUUUUGAUAGCAUCAACUUUUAUCAUAAAAACGCUUCAUGACACCUCAUGAAUCUAAAUUCGUGAGAAUCACCCAUAUGGGGUGUGAAUUACACAGCAUACUGGCAUCUUUGCUUACAGUGAUAACGAACGAUUCUGUGGCAUAGAAAUUGAUCCAAUGAUUAUUCAAUGAUGAAAGCAGCAGCAGAAGGACUUUCACCAUUAAGACAAAAGUGUCACUUUGAGGUCAACUUUGUACAGCCAAAAGAUCUCCAUGGUAGCUUAUGCUGUGAGGCUAACCUGGUCUGAAGCAGGAUAUGUUCAGAGUUUCUGAUUUAAAUGAGCUGAAAGAAGCAUCUCCCUUUAACCGAACCAUUUCCUGACAAUUCUUUGUGAGUGAUGCAGAUUCUCAGCUGAAUAUAUUUUAUCUGUGAACAUGUUGAGCUGUGUGUUACAAAUACCUUUGAAUAAAGCUGUGUAGUUACAGUA